UUCAAAUCCCAUUAUGCUUAAACAAUUCAUGCUCAACAAUGUGGAACACCUUGUGAAAUACCCAUAUGAGGCAAUGAAACUAGUAAGAAUGGGGAGUUUUCCUGUGAAGGCAAAUGGGAAAUCAAUUCUGCGCCCUCAUCCGAUCGCUCUGUAUCCCCCGGUUUGGAGCCGCUUGACUAAAUACUUUGGUCGUGGUUAGAUUAUUUUUGAUUCCAGGAUACAAUGAAUGGCAAGGUUGGCAUUAAGAAAACCAAUUAUCCUAAAUUAAAAUGAGUGACAGAACCUAGUUUUAAUUGAACAUGGUGCUGCUGCUUGGAUUUGUUGACUAAUAGCGUAAAACUGAUUUGAUAUAAAGUAUUACCUGUAGCAGAACACGUAAACAGCUUUUAAAGUGUACCGAUUUGUGCAUGUAAUUACAGCAUCAGGAAAUUAUCAUAUGCACUGGAAGUCUUAGCAGAGUAUGUUAUGUAUAUCUCAUUGUGAUUUUUGAUUUGAUAAAUUAUUUAGUACUAUAUCGUCACAUAUAAGCCUAGUUUAAAACUAGAGAAAAGUUGCCAAAAUAGUGGGUUGGCAUAUAUGUGCAUAUUUCUGAUUUUUAGGGACUUGGGGAAUAUCAUUGUGAGUAUUUGCUUAGUUUCGUCCGGUGAAUAUUAUCAGUAUUUGCUUAGUUUCGUCUGGUGGAGAACCUCUAAAAUUCAACUUCAUAAGAAUUCUAUUUCAGUCCACAUCUUGAGGAAAAAUAUGAGAAAAUUAGUGGUUGCUACAUUUUUCCAGUUUGACAUAGCCUUUCCCAUUUACACUUUGGAAGUUGUAGCCACAUUGUGGUAUAUAAGCCAGAGUUAUAUUACAGGGUGACCUAUGUAAGUAGUCUUAGUUUUAAAAACAUAUAUUGAUUCUAUGCCAGGGUUGAUUUUGUAUAGUACCGGUAUUAAGAAAUUAGUGGUUGCCAUAUUUCCUAUGUAUAGCCUUCCCAAACAAUAAUUUGGGAGUUGAAGCCACAUAAGGCUUUAUAAGCCUGAGUUUGACAAUUUGCCUUUUUCAAGGUUUUCAUGCAUGUUUUACAUAUGUAUAUGUGGCAUAAUAUUUUUAUUUCUAAUUCUAUUAUAUAGGUGGAAAAUAUGCUUUUAUCAAUUACACAGAAAAAAACAAUAAAACAUUUGAAAAAAAGAAAUGGUCGAAAUGCUUUGUGCAAUCCCUGGCUUUUCUGAAGGCAGCAAGAAUUACUGAUUUGUUUUUCAGUCUAAUUUUCUCAUUCUGCUGUGCUGCUUGGAGUCUCUUUUUUUGUAUCGGUUUUGUUUUUUCUACAUUUAUUUUUUCAAUUACAUAUAUUUGUUCGACGUCUUUCUAUUCUACAUGUAUCAAAGUUAGACUUUUACCAUGGGUGUCGCUGCUCGAUAACCAACAUUAUUUUUUUCGCGUCACCCUUCACUAUAAAAUGCCUUUUUCAUGUUUUUUUCCUUGUUUUUAUAAUACACAUUGUCCCACUACAGCAUAUGCGGAUUACUGCUUGAUCUAAUUAAAUCUUAUUUAACAAAGCGUCAACAAUUCAAUUAAUCAAAUGGUCAUAAAUCUUAUUAUUAAUAUGCAUCUUGUGGGUAGCACUCUUGGCCCCCUAGUGUUUUUAGGCUACCUCAUUGACCUUCCUACUUCCACCGCAUUUGAUACCACACUAUUCGCUGAUGAUACAGCUCUGCUCGACUGCCCCAAGUAUUGUAGAUCUUCAACACUCUAUGAAUAACUUGAAAAUAAAGCAAAUUGAACACUGGUUAAAACUAAAUAAAUUGUCGCUUAACUAUUCAAAAACAAAUUUCAUGGCUUGUGGGUCUAUGAAAAAAAUAAGGUACGAAAACUUCAAAUUAGAAGUUGGCACGAUUAGUAAGUACUAUAAAAUAUUUGAGAAUUGUCCUGGGUGAAAAACUUAUGGAAAAUCACAUAUAUUACCUUCCAAAAAAAAAACUUUCCCGAUCACUUGGAAUGCUAUAUAAAUCAAUGAGGUUUGUUAAUCUUAAACUCCUAAAAUAGUUUAUAAUAGCCUGGCCUUUUCACAUUUUUGAUAUGGUGUAUUAAGUGACAUAAACUGCUUUAAAACCUCUUGUUGUUUUAUUUUUUAUUAACUUAUUACCACAAUAAUUUGUUGUUGUAUGUGAGCUGAACUAGUAAAGUUGAAGCUAACUUCUAAUAGAUAAACGCGCUUUUUAUGCAUUUUAUCCUUGAUAAAAAAACAAACUAAUAUUUUCAGAUCUUAGUUUAACGCUUAAAUUGUAAGAGCCUGUUAGUGUAUGAAGAUGAAUUCAAAAGUAAUGAACCAGGUUAGAGCAAAACAGUCAGAUCGUCUCAUGACAUCAUAUGACAGGUUUAAAGAGAAAGGGUUUCUUUGCGAUUUCAACAUCAACGUCGGUGAAAAAUCAUUCCGAGUGCAUCGUACUGUCUUGGCAGCCUCUUCAGAAUACUUUGAAUCCAUGUUUUCAAGUAACUUGAAAGAAGUUCAUGACGGUCACAUUAAUAUGAAGGAUGUCGAUCUGGAUGGGAUCGCACAAUGUGUAGAGUUCAUGUAUAAAGGAAAGGCAGAUUUGAAAAUAGAAAACAUUCAGCAUAUCCUGCAUGCUUCCAAUCUUUUACAAAUGGUGGAAUUAACGAAUCUUUGUUUUCAAUUCUUGGAAAUUAACAUUUCUCCAAUAAAUUGUCUCUCUGUAAUCAACUUGGCCCAAAUGUAUGACCGUCGUGAUAUAAAACAACAAGCCGUACAGGUCGUGAUUGAUAAUUUCGAAUCUGUUAUUUCUUCCGAGAUGUUUCCAUUCAUCACCAAAUCAGAUCUCUUGCUUUACAUAAGUAACCAGACUUACCAAACAUUAUGGAAAGCUGUGGUAACAUGGGCAAAAGGAAAAGAUAAAAUAGAUGUUUCUGAACUCUUUAAGAUUGAGCAAUUUCCCUUCAAAUUUCUUCUGGAAACUGUCCUCAAAGAACCCAUUGUUAAGAACAAUAAAACAGCUGAGAAAUCCGUAAUCACUGCAUUGUUUUCUGACGUCAAAAAACUUGAGACAAACCUUGAUAUUGACAACUGCUUUAUCUUGAAGAAUCUCUCUGAAACCAAUCAAACUCCUAUACAAGCGACAGUAAAAGAUUCCAUUAUUCUAUUCUUGGAGACAAAUUUUGAACAAAUUAGCAAGAAAAAGGAAUUUCUUGAUAUCAGCAAGGAUGACAUACUGAGACUUUUCAAAUCUUCAGAAACAAAGUAUUCUUCUGAGGCUGUCAAAUAUGAGGGGAUGAUGAAAUGGGUGAAACAUGAUGUCAAAAACAGAAGAAAAAUCUUCCAAGAUCUAUUUAGCUUGCUGAAACUUGGAGAUUUAUCUCUCGAAUUCCUAAAAGAGACAGUUCGAAUUGAACCCUUAGUGAAAAAAUCAGAUAAAUGCAAUGAUUUGCUUAUCGAUGAAAUAUUUUCACGAGCAUCUUUAAAAGCUGAAGAAAAGCCGAAGGCAGAGCAACCUUUGGCUCUACCAGUUUCAAAGGAUGAUGAGGAAGGAUCUUCUGUCAUUGGAGGGGCAUCUGGUUAUGGCACUGCCAGUUCCAGACCAGCUAAUGGUGCAGAAUCUCAGUCUCCAAGUCAAACUACUUCUGAUCUAAGAGUCAUCAACCAACAACCAUCUGAUGGGAAGUGGUCAUGGGAUUGGUUGCAAAAAUCACUGCCAGGAUAUGAAGGAGAUUGGACUCAUGUCAUCACCUACUCAUUUCCUGCUGGAAGUCUGAAGGUGAGUUAUGAAACAAAUUUAUUUGUCGGUUGAGAAAUAAAUUAUAGAUUUAUUGGAAUCAAGAUUCCCAUUCAAGAAGGUUGUUGUUCUUAAUAUUAAUCCCCAUUGCACAUUAGUAAUUGUAUUGUGAAUUUCUUGAAUUUCAUUUCUUGAUUCAGUAAGGGGUCACAAAUAUAUAUCGUAUUGUCAAUUAGAAAGCAAAAUCAUUAUAUUAUAUAGGUCAAAAUUUACUAAAUACAACGUGAUGUGAACAAAAACGUGGAUGGAAAAUAGAAAAUUUUCUGUCAUACCCUUUGAUUUCAUUAAUGCUCCAAAUAUGGUGAUUUUGAUAUAUUGGCAAAGACAUCCCUUAUAAUAGUACUUUCAUGUUACUUUUUUAUGCGAUGCUUAUUCAUGCCUUUUGCUCGGAACAAGGCCCUAUACAAGCAGCCACAAAUAUUUAGUAGGGUGGUUCACGUAACCACUGGUCUGUUACAGCCUCCUCCACCAUCAAGUCCAGGCUUCCGAAA